AUGUGCAAGAAAAGCGAUGUCGACAAAGAGCUCAAAACACCGCCAGAUUUACCGCAACCGGGUGGAAAAUCGCAAUCGAAGAGUCAAUCGAAGAGUAAAACGAAGAAUAAAACGCUUCAAGUUGACAAGGAUAAACGCUCCACAAAGAAAGAGGCCAGCUUAUUGCUGACGUCAACGAAGGUGACCGAGGUUUCGAAGCGAAUGGUCGAGUCCACACAAGAAUCGCUAUCAAGAAAGCAGAAUAAAGAUUCUACUCAAAGAGGUCAUAAGAAUGAAAAAGAAAAAAAUCGGCCAAGAACAGAAAUCGUCAAUGAAAGGCAACUAAAAGGGAUCUGGAAAAGGCAAUCAAAAGAGUACCGGAAAACGGAUCCCAGAAGAAGUCGGCUU